GCCUUCUGCGAGCACGCCGGGGAGGAGCAGCUCCGGGAGCUGGCCGAGAAGUGCUGCGGCGGUGCCCCCUACCUGCUGUCGUCCAAGCCGGGUGCUGAGGCGUUACUCCGGCUACUCGGAGCAGCGAACGCGAAGCAGAGGAAGGCCUUCUGCCGCGACAUCAAGGGCAAGUUCGUGGCCCUCGCCACAAACGCCGUGGACUUCCCAUGGGUCAGACUGGCAACCACUGUGGACGAUACAGUCCUCCUGACCAAGACCAUGUUCGCGGAGUGGGCCGCAGACUUGGACACCAUUGCCGAGGACAAGUACGGGCACAAGGUGCUCGCGUGGUUCUUCCGGCCCGAUGACCCGCACAUCUUCUCGCCCUACGAGCGAAGCUGCAUCGCCCUGCCCAGCCCGACGUCCCUCAAGGCGGCGGACGCCAGGAGGACGGAGCUCGUCCGGGCCCUGCGGCCGCCCCUGCGCACGGCGCUGCUGGCGCGCCCGCUGGAGCUGGCGGCGAACGUGCACGCCAAGUCCCUGCUGCUCGCCUAUGCCCCGGGCUGGGAUGCCGAGCUCGUGGAGGCGCUGGUGGCUGCGGGGGAGAAGGAGGCCCCGAAGGACGACGACCUUGGCCUCCUCGGCAGUGGCACAUCCACAACGACGCUGAUCGCACUGCUCAAGCUGGAGCCGGCGUCCUCCGACGGAGCGCUCGCGGAGCCGCUGUGGCGCCGCUGCUUCCUGCCCAGGCUGGUGCACGCGUCCACCAGCCGCUGCGCGUUCGUGCUGCUGGCGCUGCUGAAGCGCGAGGGCGGCGUGCGGGAGGCGGUGCUGUCCUCCAUCAACAAGCAGAAGGCUGCCAUUGAAGCAGCUGCCCAGGCUGCGGAGGCCAAAGGCAAGACGGUCAACGGGGCGAGGAAGCUCUUGGCAGCCGCUGCUGAGGCCAAGAAGGCACAGUAA